UUCCGCACAUGAGGACCUCCUUUCUAGAAGAUGGCUAAAGCAGAAGGUACAACAUACCUUCUUUGUUUCUCUUAUGCAUACAGGCACUAUAAUCUAGUCUCACAGUGGCAGCCGGCUCGGUUAAAAGCAUAACAUAAGAUGCAGUGCAACAAGAGACUACUUUUCCUGUUCUCGGUAUCUAUUCUUGGCUUUGGUGAUCAACAAAGUCAUGCACUGGAUCCUAAUGUGAGAAGAUCGUGGAUACGAGAGCUCGCGACACGCGUGAAAGCUAAAAAGGGUAUCUACGAGAGUGAAACAACCCCUUUUUCGGGAAAAAACGAACAUCAGUACCACAAUGAACACCCAACUGCGGAGGCAGCUUUGGUGACUAUGGAAACAACGCAGGAAUUUUCUAAGAGUUUUGGCUUCGGAGCUAUCAGAACACAGCACAGGCAAAAUACGUAUCCUUACCAAACGCAAACUACGUAUCCUUACCCAACGACAACCCUCCCACGGUUACCCACGGUCCCUUCUGUUGCAAUAGCACUUGGAGCUAUAGCGAUCGCAAUCGCAGUAGGCGUUGCUACCACACAUAGUACGGAAAAACAAAUAGACGAAAUCGAUCUCGUCAUCAGGCAAUUUGACAAUCAAACCCCUAUAAAUGAGUGUCCGAUGCCUGUAUUUGGAAACGAUUUUCCGCGCGAUGGCUGUGAAGAUAACGCCGUACGAGUAGCAAAUGGAAAGUGCUUCCCCGUUCUGACACGAGGCCCUUGUGAAAAUAACCGUCAUUGGAUAACGAUUGAUCCCAUUACAUUAAAGGGAAGAUGCACUCCAAGACUUUGUGGUCGAGAAAGAGUACUGGUGGUACGGGACGGACUUUGUCACGACGUCAACGAUCCGAACGAAUGUCAAGGUGGGCGGCGUCUUUAUUAUACAGCUUACGGAGAUCCGAUAUGUGAUUGCCCCAUUGGGCAAUAUCCUUUCCCUAACCCUCACGACAACUGCGUCCCACUUUUUACCCAAGGACCUUGCCAAAAUGGAUACGUAGUAACAAUUGGUGAACAGGGUCGACUUGGCUGUACUCCAACCAAAUGUGAAUCAAUCGACAAUGACAACUUGUCCCGGCAGCUUGUGCCGGCCAACGAUGGCGUAUGCUACGCCCUUGGGUCACGUGGACCCUGCGCCACUACAUCUCAGCUCUUAGGUUACGAUAUCUUCAAGCGCCGUGAUCAUUGUGUCGAUAUUCUAAACCCCUCCUCGCCCUAUUUUUCUUGGCCCGCACAAGACGAUUUUCUUGAUAGCAUCUACAAUCAGCUCCAUCCGGAAUAUGACGAAUUUAGAGUAUCCUUUGUUUACGAAAGUCUAACGGGGAAGAACGAAACACAACAACGAAGACAAGGUGCGAGCACAAUAGGAGCAAUCCAAUUUCCUAGCACGUCAAUUGGAAGUCUUUUACAUCCUUGUCGCACUGGAGCUCGACGAGGAAUAAAUUUUAAAUGCACCAAUCCUUUAGUGCCUACACUAAGGACAAUGCAGCUCUUGCAAGUUGUUCGACCUGGAUUGAGAACAAACUGCGAAGGCAACGCUUUGUUUGUCGCUGCCACUGGCCAGUGCCGAGCCAGGUUCUAACCCAUGAACUAACAAUAACGCUCAAAAUGUUUCUAACAGAUAGCUUUUAACAAGAUGUCUCGCAAAACAAGAUAUUUAUUAUGUAAUUACUUACCCCUUAAUGACGAUGAGUUCGUCGUCGCAGAUCCGCUCAGUCGAAACUUCGGCUGCCUCGCCCACCGCAGAAGCUUCAAAACUUUCUUCGCCUAUUACAAAAAUAAACUAUUCAAUACCCUU